UCUCAAGUAGCAAGAAGAGACCCUUCACAACUUAAAUUUUUACUUUAAAGAGUUAGAAAGGCAUCGACUGUUACAUUCAAGUCAUGGCAUGCAAUUCAAUGGCCAUUCCCUCCUCCCCAGCGACUACAGCACAAAAGGAUGUGUUCAAAGAACACGACGGUCUUUUCCGUUCAAACUCUGUCAAGGACUUCUGCAACCGAGCCACUAUGCAGAGAUCCUAUUCAGAUAACCACCUCUGUUAUUCCAUUAACCGUGUACGCGCUGCAUCAACACAACCAAAGCUAAAGAGCAGCCGAUCAGUUGGGAUUUUCCCAUUUCAAAUUGCUAGCUCCAUUAUCCCAACAUCACUUCGGUCAUUUCUGUUUGACCCAGAGACAAGCAAGGACAUGAGUAUUGCGAAGGAUGGAAUUGAAAUAUCGUCAGAUAAGGGUGGGAAUAUAGGGGACAAUUCUGACGAGGGCAGUGCUAACGAUGAACUAGGAGAGGUAAAGAGAGCAAAUUGGGUGGAGCGGAUUUACGAGAUCGGAAUUCAUCAGAGGAAUAGACAACAUAAAGAGGAUAUAUAUGGAAAAGAGUCAUCUGAUGCCAACAAAAAUGGUGAAAGCAAUUGUGAGGGUGGUUGCACGGUAGACUACAACUCAGAAGAGGAAGGAGGAGAAACAAAAUAUGAUCGGGAAACGUUUUCAAGAUUUUUGGCUCCCGUUGCAUGGUCUGAUAUCAAGCUAUUCUCAAAGCUGGCUUUCUUGUGCAACAUGGCUUACGUUAUACCAGAGAUUAAGGCCAUGGAUUUGAGGAGAAAUCACGGCCUACGCUUUGUAACAUCUUCUUUAGAGAAGAAGGCAGAGGCUGCUGCCAUGAAAGAGAAGCUUGAUCAGGACUCUACUCACAUCCCGGCAGCUGCUUCUGUAGUUGCCAAAUCCAACCCGCGGAACACAGAGGAACCUGAGCAGAAGCACCCAAUACGGUCAUCUGUUGCUUAUGGGAUUGCUGCCUCAGCAGCAUCUUAUGUCCAAUCACAUGCACGAGGCCUUCUUUCUCAUGGCGCUCAACCUCAGCAGGAAGGUGAGUGUACUGAUUCAAGCAGUACUGGAAACCAACCAGUUAAGGACAGAGACCGACCAGUUGAAGAUGGUGAGAGAUCUCAACGAGUAUAUAAAAAAUCAGAGGUGGCUGCUCACGUUGCAGCUUCAACUAUGACAGCAGUGGUUGCAGCUGGGGAGAAGGAAAAACAGGAGGCGGCAAGGGACCUUCAGUCACUUCACUUGGCACCUUGUGAAUGGUUUGUUUGUGAUGACAUAAGGACACACACACGCUGCUUUGUGAUCCAGGGAUCUGACUCCCUUGCAUCUUGGCAGGCAAACCUCCUAUUUGAACCAGCUAAGUUUGAGGGUACAGAUGUGCUUGUCCACAGAGGAAUUUAUGAAGCUGCAAAGGGAAUUUAUGACCAGUUCAUGCCAGAAAUUAUGGAACACUUGAACAAGUAUGGAAAGCGUGCUAAGCUUCAAUUUACUGGCCAUUCGCUAGGGGGUAGCCUCUCUCUUUUAAUUCACUUGAUGCUAAUAACCAGAAAGUUUGUCAAGCCCUCCACUCUUAGGCCAGUGGUCACUUUUGGCUCACCAUUUGUAUUCUGUGGAGGCCAAAAAAUCCUAAAUCAUUUGGGGUUGGAUGACAACCAUGUACAUUGUGUAGUGAUGCAUAGAGAUAUUGUCCCAAGAGCUUUCUCCUGCAACUACCCCAACCAUGUGGCACUAGUCCUCAUGCGAUUAAGUGGCUCCUUCCAGUCACACCCUUGUCUAAUUAAGAAUAAAUUUUUGUACUCUCCCCUUGGGAAAUUAUUCAUACUCCAACCUGAUGAAAAGUCAUCUCCUCCACACCCUUUACUGCCUCCAGGCAGUGCACUGUAUGCUUUCAACAAAACCCAAUAUAGGUUCUCUGCAAGUGCCAUAAAGGCAUUCCUCAAUUGUCCCCACCCACUGGAAACUCUUAGUGAUCCUAAAGCCUACGGCUCAGAAGGUACAAUUUUAAGAGACCAUGACUCAAGCAACUACCUAAACGCAGUGAACAAGGUUAUACGGCAAAACUUAAAGAUGGUUCGUAAAGUACAAGAGCAGAGGAAUCAAUUGUGGCCAUUGCUGGCCUCACCGUCUCCGCAUUCAUGGAACCAUGAAAACACUAUGGAAAAGAGUGUGCUAGGGACCAAGAAGGUCAUGACUAGUGCCUGA